UUCGUCUUUGCUUUCGAAGCGGCGCGAUCAUCUGCAUGGGUUCAUGCCAAACAGGUUUCAUUUAAAAAGCGUGUUACGAAAAAUGACGAUGUCUACAGCGACGUUCAUUCCUUUAAGUUUAGUUAUAUUGUUGUGUACCAGUGAUGUUACAAGCGAAAAACAACCCGUGGUACGGACUCCGCUCGGUGAAGUAUCUGGUUAUUAUAUGCAGACCCGAGGAGGGCGCCAAAUAUCAGCCUUUACUGCAAUUCCGUUCGCGAUUCCACCGCUUGGAGACCUAAGAUUUAAGGCUCCGGUACCUAUCGCGCCAUGGCAAGGAAUAUUAAAUGCCACCAACGUCAGCCCAGUUUGUGUUCAGAAAAAUCCGUACGUUCGCCAAAAAGACAUCGUGGGACAAGAAGAUUGCUUAUACUUGAACAUUUACACACCAAAAACAAACAACGAUAUUAGCGAAGAGAAAAAUGUUUUGCCGGUUAUGCUGUUUCUUCAUGGCGGUGGAUGGAUGUGUGGGGAUGCCACUACGGAAAUGUACGGCCCACAGUAUCUUCUGGACAGAGAUGUUAUACUAGUAACAACCAACUACAGACUAGGUCCAUUAGGUUUUCUUUCUACUCAAGACCAACAUUGCCCUGGGAACAAUGGUCUGAAGGAUCAACAGGAGGCUCUGCGAUUUAUACAAAAGACAAUAGAGAGUUUUGGUGGCGACAAAAACUCUGUGACUAUAUUCGGAGAAAGUGCUGGCGGGGCCAGCGUUCAUUACCACAUGAUAUCGGACACUAGUGCAGGACUGUUUCACAAAGGCAUAUCGGAGUCAGGAACAGCUCUCGUGCCCUGGGCUGAAGCGCCACCGGGCGAGGCUCUCCGCAAUGCCUUCCGUCUGGCUAAGUUCCUGGAAUGUCCUCAGUCCCCUUCAGAAAAAAUGAUCGAGUGUCUUCGCACCAAGGACAGCUAUGACAUCAUCAACACCGAAUUUAAAUUUUAUGAAUGGGACUAUGAACCAAUGACGCCUUUCAAAGCGGUUGUGGAGCCAGAUCUUCCCGGGGCAUUUUUGACGAGAAGUCCCCGGAAAAUACCUGACGUACCCGCUGUUCCCUGGAUGACAGGCCUGACCAAAGAUGAAGGAUGCUUAAAAUCUGUUUGGAUCACAGCAAACUCGUCGAGAUACCAAGAAUUUACAGCAGGUUUCGAUACUAUCGGUCCAGUUACUUUUUAUUAUGACAAUUCACCAUUCGCUGAAGAGAUUACCAAGAAGAUUCGAGCUAAAUACUUGAAAGAAAAUGACGAGCAGGCAACACAACGUGGGAUCCUCGAUCUUUACACAGAUUCGUACUUUGCCUACCCUGCUGUAGAGGCUAUAGAGCUCGUAUUAAGCUACACUAAGAAUCCAAUCUACCUCUACGAAUUGGCUUACAGAGCGUCUAACAGCUUUUCUCAAAUAUUUGGUGACCCUGAAGGAAACUAUGGUGUUUGCCAUGCUGACGAUCUGAUGCAUUUGUUCCCGAUCGGAUUUAUGGACAAACCUUUUUCUCCAGAGGAUCUUAAGAUGAGUGAAACUAUAGUAACGCUUUUUACAAAUUUUGCUACUUCAGGUAAUCCAAACAAACCCAUCAGCUUACCAAUGAAAUGGGAACCUGUAACUUCAGCACGAAAUAUGGAGUACCUUGAAAUAGAAAGCCAGUCGACAAUGAAGGAAAAUCUUGCAGCUCGUUCUCGAUAUUGGGGUACCCUACCUUUAUGGCACAGUUUACGUAAUAGUAGGUUUAUGGAUGAACUAUAAAUAAUUAUAAUUAAAUAACUAAAAUAUA